AUGGAGAGCGGAGCUGAGCAGUUAGCACUGCUGCAUGAUGCCAGGUCGGUGUGAAGUCAGAAUGGCUCUGCUGCUGCUGCUGCUGCUGUUGCUGCUGUCUCCUCUGUGAGUCUCCUGUCUGUCAGUGUGGAUGAUGGAGGCGGAGGUGGAGAGCUGCUGGCUCAGGCUGCUCCUCCUGCUCUGUUUCGUGACUCUGCACAGCUCGGCCAUCGAGACCGUGAACGUGGUGGACUUCUGUGGCCAGACGAUCCGGGAUGACGGCAUGAUCGUCAACUCGCACCAGGAAUCCAAGAAGUACUACUUUGUGACCAUGGGGACUGACUGCCAUCUAACCAUGCAAGCCAGCUCCCCUAAAGACAAGGUCCAGUUCCACUUCCGCUUCUUCCUGGUCUACAGUUUGCUACGAGUGGCCCCCCUGAGCCCGGCGCCUCUCUUCCCAGAGUCCCCUCGGGGCUCCGCCCCUCUCAACCCCAGACUGGAGCCCACCACCGGUGAGAGCUCGGGGGACCCGUGUCAUGCCGGCUCGUAUGUUCAGUUCUAUGACGGAUGGGACAGGAGCUCGCCGCCCCUCGGGCCUCCUCUUUGUGGGAAGAGCCCGCCCCGGCCAGUGUUGUCCACAGGAAACUACCUGACCCUGAGGCUGGUGACCCGGGGGACUCAGCCCAGAGUCGACUUUGUGGGGGACUUCACCUCCUUCAGACUGGGUUUUAACCAUUCCGAGUGCAGCAAUGAGCCCUAUUUCACCUGCAGAAAUGGGAAGUGUAUCCCUCUAAGUCUUGUGUGUGAUGAUAAAGGCAUUGACAACUGUGGGGAUGGAAGUGACCUGGAGGAAAACCUGACAACGGGUUGUAAAGCAGGUCAACUUUUACUUCCUGAACCUCCGCCGCCAAUAGGAACCCCACCCCCACCUUUUGUGAAUCCACCCACAGUGCCGAUUCCUACACAUAUCAACUGUGGCAUGCCAAACAGCGCUCCUAGUCAUGAGUCUGUAACAGACUCCCCUGCCUCCCUGUCCCUGUUGGUUCUCUACAUCAUCCUGGGUGUGGUAGCAGGCGGCGUGGUGCUCUGCUGGUGCUGCUGGUCACCCGGUUGGUUCCUGUGGCGGGUCAGCGUCUGUCGCUUUUUACCCUGCUGCAACUCGGCCUGCGCCUCCUUCCAGCUCUGCUGCACCCACAGCAAGGAGCACCGACUGGCGAAAGUCACCCCGCACACACCAGCCAACGGGACCCCGGCCACCCCCAACACUGCUGAGGAAAAUGUUACCACGGCAGCUGUUUAGAGCAGAAGGACUGUCCGGUUGAUAGGUUUGGGCGUGGGUACAGUGUGCUGAUACUGAGCUGUGAUCAGUGGUGGACAUGAGCAGUUACUGCGUUAGGCAUUGCAACGUGACCAAGGAUUCUUUAUAGUGAAGGUUGGACUCAUGCAUCCAGUAUGCAAUGCUGGAAUGAACCGAGCUGAACGGUUUUGGUCUGUGUGCUUUAAAUGUGAUGAUGCAGGUGAUGAGACUGCCGUGUUUAUGUUGUUAUGAGGAGGUAAAGCAGGGUACAGUAUGACUAUGGAUUGUGUAAAAAAAAAAAUAUGAAUGUAUCUCAAAAGACAGGAUUAAAGCCCCAAUUCAGACCAAAGAUUCGCGACGAGAAGAAACCGUCUUAGAAUGUCGCAGACAAAAAAAGUUGCAGCGGUCUGAACAGGUCCUUCUCAGCUCGACUCAAACCAGCUGAUGGUGUGGCUGCGACUCAGCUGGUCGAGUCUCCAGAGGCUGGUUUUACAACGUAAGAGACGUCUCCUGUUUCAACAGCCAAUAGCAAAGUCAGCUGGUAAGGUCAGCUACAAAUUAUAGAAAUAAAAUGAUCCAUAAUCCAUUUUAUUUCUAUGUUACAAACUGUUUACUGGUCAGAAUGGCAGAUAGGACGAGCGUCCGCAAGCACGUUGUGUACGGUCGAGCGAGCUAGAAUGAGAAGAGAGAGAGCGCCUAGGACAAAGCCGUGAAUAAAAACGUCUUUUCGCCGAUUCAUCACUAGAAAUGCAACUGUAGCAAGCAUCUCAAUAUCACUAACGUUAUCCACAUUCAUAUUUAGGCGAAACAAAUGAUAUAUCCAGCUACAAAAAGCCGUUUACACCGUCUCGUCGCAUUAGUGUGAACUGGCAGGUUUUAGAACGCUGCGGACUUUGCAAGAAGACGACGCAUUGCAAGAAGUCACACGUUUCAACUUGUCUCGUCGCAAAUCUUUGGUCUGAACUGGACUUAAGGGUUCUUUGAAUAACUUUUUUGUUAACAGCACAUUCAGCCUGUUUUGUAGUUAUCUCAUUAUUCACAUUCUGUUGAAGAGAUUGCUUAUGACGUUUGAGAAGUGCAGGCUUUAAAGGUGCCCUGCCACAUGUAUUUCAUUACUUUGUGGUAAUGUCUGCAAUUCU